CCAACCAUUUUAUCGCGGUCGCCCAUAAAAUUAAGAAAGCCAUCAUUAAGGCGAAUAAAGCAAUAGCUUCAACCACCGUAGAAAUUACACUAUGCGUGUGUGGCUCGUCCCUUUUCGUUUGCACUUUGGCUACCUAGGAGUUGCCGAUACUGUGCUACUUCCUUUUGGUUUUUAUAUUUGGGACUCGAUCCUCCUGUUGUUGAAGGAUGGCGGGGCUAGGUCCGGGGAGGAACGGCUGUUAUCCGUGCGGGGCUACUAAUCAUUGGGUCCAUGGCUGUCCGCAUCGGGGGCAAAGGCCUGUAGCUACUGGCGCUAACACUAUUCCUACCCCUGCUCCGUUACUUGCGCUGAUACCCCCUAAUGGCUCUGCCGCCGCCUCUACUGCUAACUAUGCGCCUUCACUACCAAGUCAGCACCCAACGGGUUCGGCGGGGACAUCAAGCUAUGGCAAUCAGAGUCGACCGAAUUGGUGGGGUAGGAAUCAAGAGAAGCUGGACAUGUGCUACAAUAGAUGUAUGGAGGACAGAGAGAGAGAGGUGAAGAGGAGGGAGGAGGAACAAAGGGUUAAGAAGGAGAAGGAGGAGGAGGAGAAGCGGUUAAAAUGGAAGAGGGAACGCGAGAAAUUUGAGGCGGACAUGGGUCAACGCCUUGAGAAGAAGCUCAGUGAAUUGGGUGCUUCAAUCAAAGGAAAACGUACGCAUGAGGGUCCCGCUGCUGGUGGGAUGGAGGAUGAGUUGACCAGGCUCAAACGAGAGAAUGAGGAGUUGAAAAAGAAAUUAGGUGCACUUAUGAACCAAACAGGCGACGGCAAGGUCAUGUAUCUACAGCAAGAGAUAAUGGACUUACGGAAGCAGGUGACGAAUAGGCAGGUGAAUGCGGAUGCGGUUUUUGUGGUGAAGCAGGAGAUUAGUGAGAUGAAGCUGUCGACUCUCAUGAAGGUGAAUUUGGAGAAGGAGGUUGCUGGACUCAGGAAGGAGGUGAGUUUGCUACAGGGACAGAAUGAACAAACUACAGUCGAAGCUAAUCAAUGGAGGGACGAAGCAUUAAGACCUGGGAACAAGAGGGGGAACGUUGCUGUGAACACGCCUGGCGACCCGGGAUGAGGCACGCCAAAACCGUAAUGGACCGAUAAUAUACGGGAUAUCGGUUGUUUGCGGGAGGGGAGGUGGUGGUGGGGACCAUCAUGGCCUAGGGCGGGCGCAGCGCUACCGGGAGCGCUGCGCCCCGCU